AUGCAACCCCCUCAAAAAAAUGCAUUCAUAAUUAGAUGGAAGAUACGUCAUUCUCAGUAUACUUGCUCACGAUACUUAGAGUCGUCGUCGUAUGAAUGGAGGGGGGAAGGGGAUUUGAAAAAAAAUUUCGAACAGUCACCGUAUUCGGUCAACGUCGAAAUGGAACAUCAGACUCAACUUCGGUGUAUACCACCACAGGGUAUACCACCGCCAAAAGUUUACUGGUUAAAAAACGGUGCAGUUUUAGAACCGGAUUCAAACAUAAUAAUAAGCAGCGAAGGACAUUUGAUAUUUAGCGAAGCUAGAUUUCAAGAUACCGCCAAUUAUACUUGCGUGGCAGAAAAUUUAGCCAAUAAAAGAUUCAGCGAUAGCGCAUUGCUUAAAGUUAUCGGUCGUGAAUGUUUACUAAAAAAAAAAAAAUUUGCAAUUUCAUUUAAAAAACAAAAGCACGUGCCAAAGAAAAAUAUUUGA